GCCAAUGGGCGCGCGGGGAGGCGCGGGCCGCGGCGGCGGGCUGGGGGCUCCGCGCUCCGGGGCGUCAGUCGGGCCGCGGCGACGGCGGCAGGAGCGCGUCCCGGCUCCGCCUCGGGCUCCGCUCGGCUCGGAGGCUGAGGAGAGGAGGCGGAGAGCCAGGCGAGGCGCCAGGCCAGCGGGCCGGGCGCAUGGCUUAGGGACGCUCCCAGCCGCCGCAGCCCCAGCAUGGGGAAACUUCACUCCAAGCCGGCCGCCGUGUGCAAGCGCAGGGAGAGCCCGGAAGGUGACAGCUUCGCCGUGAGCGCUGCCUGGGCUCGGAAGGGCAUCGAGGAGUGGAUCGGGAGACAGCGCUGCCCGGGCGGUGUCUCGGGACCCCGACAGCUGCGGUUGGCGGGCACCAUAGGCCGAGGCACCCGGGAGCUCGUGGGUGACGUGUUGAGAGACACGCUCAGCGAGGAAGAGGAGGACGACUUCCGGCUGGAAGUGGCCCUGCCUCCUGAGAAGACCGACGGGCUGGGCAGCGGAGAUGAGAAGAAGAUGGAGAGAGUGAGCGAACCCUGCCCAGGCUCCAAGAAGCAGCUGAAGUUUGAAGAGCUCCAGUGCGAUGUGUCUGUGGAGGAGGACAGCCGGCAGGAGUGGACCUUCACCCUGUACGACUUUGACAACAACGGCAAGGUCACCCGAGAGGACAUCACCAGCUUGCUGCACACCAUCUAUGAGGUGGUGGACUCCUCUGUCAACCACUCCCCGACAUCCAGCAAGAUGCUGCGGGUAAAGCUCACUGUGGCCCCUGAGGGCAGCCAGAGCAAGAGGAGCAUCCUUGUCAAUCAGGCCGACCUGCAGAGCACAAGGCCCCGAGCAGAGACCAAGCCCACUGAGGAGCUGCGGAGCUGGGAGAAGAAGCAGCGAGCCCCGCUCAGGUUCCAGGGUGACAGCCGCCUGGAGCAGUCUGGCUGCUACCACCAUUGCGUAGAUGAGAACAUCGAGAGGAGAAACCACUACUUAGAUCUCGCCGGGAUAGAAAACUACACGUCCCAGUUUGGGCCUGGCUCCCCUUCCGUGGCCCAGAAGUCAGAACUGCCCCCCCGCACCUCCAAUCCCACUCGGUCUCGCUCCCAUGAGCCGGAAGCCAUCCACGUCCCACACCGAAAGCCCCAAGGCGUGGACCCGGGCUCCUUCCACUUCCUUGACACCCCAAUCGCCAAGGUCUCAGAGCUCCAGCAACGGCUCCGGGGCACCCAGGACGGGAGCAAGCACUUUGUGAGGUCCCCCAAGGCCCAGGGCAAGAGCGUGGGUGUGGGCCACGUGGCCAGAGGGGCAAGAAACAAGCCCCCUCUGGGACCCGCCUUCCCUGCGGUGUCCCCCUCCGCCCACCUGGCCGCCAGCCCGGCCCUCCUCCCCUCCCUAGCCCCCCUCGGGCACAAGAAGCACAAGCACCGAGCCAAGGAGAGCCAGCAGGGCUGCCGGGGCCUACAGGCACCGCUGGCCUCGGGCGGCCCCAUCCUGGGGCGGGAGCACCUGCGGGAGCUGCCCGCCGUGGUGGUAUAUGAGAGCCAGGCCGGGCAGCCGGUCCAGAGACAUGAGCACCACCACCACCACGAACAUCACCACCAUUACCACCACUUCUACCAGACAUAGAGCCCCUCCCCAGGGCCCCACCCUGCCGUAUGAAGGACCCCACCCCCGACACCCCAAGGCAUUAUUAUUCUAUUAAUUAUUGUUAUUAUGACGAUUAUUGUUAUUAAUAAUUAUUGUUACUCCACUAAUAUUUAGCUAGCCUUCAUGUAGAAGAUCUAUGGAAACACAGAACUAAACUUUUAUUUAUAUGUUGUGGGGACUGCAUAACUAGCCCAGGAAAUGACUCUGGUUUGGAGUGGCCUGUAAUGGGCAGAGGCUCCCUGGAGGCUCAGGAGCUGCAGCAUCUGUGCGGAUCAGCCCACACCCUUCCCAGAACCGGGGAGCCCUCAGCCCCAACUCUGCCCCACCCCAGCCUCUUCCAGGAGAGCACCCUUACCUGGCCCAGCUUCCAGAGACCCUCGAAAUCUCCGAGAAGAUAAACAGCUGCUACCUCUUAGUAUUAUUCUGAUUUUAUUUUGCCCUUAACUGAUUGUAAUGUGCUACAAGGGAUUUCAGUGGACUGCAGAGUGCGAACGUCUUGCUGUUGUGUUUUUAUGUCCCAACCUAGAAACCUUAGCUGUCUUUUCUGGAGUUGUCUUUCACGCUUUUCCAGUGGGAUCAAGCCCUUUUCCCCAAAGCAGUCCCAUCUCUUCUGCCAUGCACAACAUGAAAAUCCACUUCUCUUCCUUCUCCUCCUUCUCUCUCCUUUACAGCGAUACAUACACAUAUUUAAGGACUAUCCCUGAGACCAUCCUUCUCAUUUUGGAAACUGCUAGGGAGGGAACCAACCACUUAAACAAGUGUCGUUUUCCAAGAUCCGGGCAAUUGUGUGCUGUUGGUUGUGGGGGAGGAUGUGGCAGAUAUAUACGUACCUACACAAUUCUCUAACAGCGCUUUCUGUAUCUAUAGAUAGACGCCAUCUGUCCAUUUCUAUGUAUCUUUCUAUAAAUAUACACUCUCAGGUAUCUUUUCUGGUGUGCAGAAAUCAGUGGUUUGCUUCUCUGGAUGCUUCUGGAACCCAGAUGUGACCCUGCUUGUCUCCUUUUGGGGCUGGAUGGCUCAGAUGCUUUCAUCAGAGGUCCCUUCUCGUGUUUGGGGGUCUGAUGGAUUUUGGAGAAAACUGCUGGGGUACAGAAGCUUGGAGGGAAAAGGGGACCAUGACCAGAGUUGGGACCCUGGAGCAACAUCCUCUGCAGAGAAGGAUUUUGUCUGGCCAGAGCCUGGAGAAACCUGAAAAAGAACCAAUCAGCUAGCCAGGGUCUCAGAGAAAAGCAGAUUACACACUCAAAUUGGGUAAGUUGAGCAGAGUUUAAUAAAGGCAAUAUUUACGAAGUGUGGGCUAAGCCUCCCACGAGAAUGCAGAACCCUGGGGCUAGCAGUGUGGAGCGCUACUCCCACCCCUGGGCCUGAGUGAGGAAGGAGUUACCUUUAGCAGACACAGGAUUGCUGGAGGAGUGAGAGGGGCACCUGAAGGAGCUGUGACCUUUGCUCAAAGGAUGCAGCCAGUCAUGGGGACCCUCCAGGGAAAUUAAUAUCCUGACCCUGCUUUCCUGCCCCUGCCUCAAUCCAUUGACUGAGGCCGCUGGAAGCCACCGGGCCGAGGGAGCUUGUUGAUGUGGGUCACACGGGCAUGUUCCCAGGUCAGAGAGGAGAGCCUACAGUGAAUCUAGAGGGACACAAGAGGGAGAAGCAACUCCAGCUACCUUCCUUUCUGCCGUUUUAGCUCCCAGCUGGCAUCCUCUUUUCCAGAGCCUCGAGUUUGGGUUUAAUGUAGUUAGUAAGGAGUUACUUCCAAAGAUAGUGGGCUUAGUUGUUACCAUAUUAUUAAUUUUAUUAAUGACUGAUGUGCCUGGGAUUGGAUUAAUACAUUAAUCCUUAGGACAGCCCCAUGAGGCAGCUUGGUGGCAGCUCAGGGAGCAUGUCUAAGGCUCAGAAGUUCGUAACUCCCUUGAGGCCACACACAGGGCAGAGCUGGGAUUCUGGUCUUCCACUCGAUCCCUUCGCCACUGGUGCAGAGCUUAAUCAUGGCCAUGGGCUGCCCUUGUUUUGGGUUGUGGGUUGUGGGUUUCUGUCAGUGAGAAGUCAACUCAAUCCAAAGUGAAUGAAACCAAGUUGGAAGGCAGGGAAGGAACUGGCUUUGAGAUGACAAGAGUCCAGGAUGUGAACUCAGCUGAGACUGGUUCUUGUCCCUCCCUCUUGUCCCUCGGAUUGAUACUGGUACUCAACUACAUGCUUUGUCAGGGAGCCCUGACUGUUGGCCUUCUGGGUCCCCUAACCAUAAGGAAAAGGACCUUCCAUUAGUGUAAAGCCCAAGGCAGGAUUCUGAUUGGCUGGGCUUAGAUCUGGUGCCCAUAGCUGGACCAAUCAUGACAUCCCAGCUGGGGCCACAUGGCCAACCUGCCCGCAAGGGGGUGGGGGUCUAUACCGGAAGACAGGAGUGGAGGGGUGCAGACCGGAGAGGAAGUAAUGGCGCCCCAGGUUCCGAAUUGCUGCAACCCUGGAGGCCAGCCGGGAGUUGAAACUACUGGUUUUAGAGCAGUUCCUCUGCCUCCCUAAGCUCCACACCUAUCAGGAUUCUGUUACUUCUUGGUAACUGGGACUUUCCCAGCUUUAAAAACAUUAUUUAAAAAAAUAGUAACGUGCACAUGUAAAAGAUUCAAAUAGUACAUACACAAGGUACACAGUAAAAAGUAAACUUCCCUCUAUCCCAGGCCCGCCAGCAUCCCUGAUGCCAACUUUCUGGGUGUGGCCUAGGGCCCCUCAGUGUAGUGUAGGGGUUGUGAGCACAGACUUUGGUGCCAGCUUGCUGGGUUCGAAUCCUGACCAUCUGGGUACCGAGGACUGGGUGUGUUUAAGGCCUCUUUGUAGCUCUGUGCUUCAACUGAAAUACUGUGCCUCAGUUUUUCCUUUAUAAAGGCGGGGAUCGUGAGAGUACCUGGCCCAUGUGAGCACUAUGAAAGUGUUAGCUGUUCUUUACCAGAAUAAAUGCAUUUCUAUAUCUCCCCAUA